GGUAUAUAAACGCAUAGGCAAUAAUGUUUUAUUUAUUAGUACAAAGUUGACAUUCAACAUGAUCAAAACAAUCUCGGUACUUUUGCUGAUCGUGGCGUUGGUCAGCGGCCGCAACAUUAAUAAGGCUGGCGUUGAUUUGAUCGAGUUGUCAGAGGGGUUCAGGGCCAAUUUCUACGGCGACCCAGUGGGUAUCCGUACGAUAGGGUACGGACAUAACUGCAAUGCCCAGGGCUGCUCCACUAUUCACGCGCCGAUCACUAAAGCACAGGGUGAAGCACUAUUACACCAGGACCUAGUGCAGUUUCAAAACUGUGUGGAGGCUCAAGUGCCAUUUGUUAAUGAUAAUCAAUUUGCUGCUUUGGUAUCGUUCACAUUCAACUUGGGCUGCGGUAACCUCCAGUCGUCUACCCUAUUGAAGGACGUAAAGGCCAAGAAUUACGCGGCGGCCGCUAAUGAGUUCGGCAAAUGGGUGUACGCGGGCGGACACAAGUUGCCCGGUUUGGUCACCAGACGUGCCCGCGAGAGGGCGCUCUUUCUGGCCUAAACACUCGCGACAAAUGCGUUAUAAUUAUAACAUUUAUUAAAUGUAAAAAAUCUAAUAAUAAAUAAGUUAAUUGAGUU